UAAAACGACAAUCGAGGGUUGCCGUUCUUGUGCUCCUGAUUUGGGCAUGUCUUGGACAAGCUUGAGAGAUGUAACCAGAUAAGGAACAGGCUUGUUUAAAAGAAUUCGAUUGUGACAUUCUGUACGAAGCUGCAGCCAUGGUGAAGCGUGGACAUCGCAGUCACCAGCAUGGCCUGCGGCUGCGCUUCAAUUCGUCGGUCGAGCUGGCGAUGGAGUGCAGUGAUGAGCCACUGUCCACGGCGCAGGUCGACUCCUUCAACAAGGAGAAACUCGAUUACGACAAAGCCAUGAAGCUGGUUGCUGAUGCCAAGGCUGGACGGCUGCCCUGCCAGUUACAGGCAGCCGCGGAGGCAGAGGCAGCCGCAAAGGCUGCAGCUAAAGCAGCUGCGGUGGCAGAAGUAGAGAAGCAGUUACAACUACAGCAGCAGCAGCAGCAACAGCAAGCUGCGGCUGCAGUUAUGACCAGCACGGAACCAGACCUGGUUAUACUGGGAGAAAGUAACCCUCCACCGGUGGCGGCGGUCAAUUCGGGUAACCCAGUCCCACAGCAGGUCUACAAGUUUAUCAACCUACAGGGUCAACCGCUGUCUAGUCAGUGGGUUAUCCGCCCUUUGAUGCCUGUCAUGCCACAACAAAACGUACAGAAACCAGCCGUCAUCCAAGAAGUUCAGAAACCAGGUCCCCCCGAUAACCUUACCCUGAAGAGGACGUCAGUGUUCGGUGACGCUAAUUCUGAAUACGUAUCACCUACCAAGAAGAAAAAAGAUAAAAAGAAUGAAGUGGAAAAUUCAGGUACGCUGGUUCCGUUAGAUGAGUAUUACUACGGCAAGAAAGAAGGUGACCCCACGUACCGCGAAGACAAAGGAGAAUACAGGUUUAAGUGUUGGUAUUGCUCUAAGAUGCUGUAUAACAACGUGCGAACCAUGACUCACAUGCAAGGCCACAUUGACAGCGAGAAGCAACAGAACCUAGACCUAACCGACCUCACCCAGUGUCGCCACUGCUACAAACAGUUCGACACGCCCUUCGAGAUGCAGACUCACAUAGAGAAGGUUCAUAUGAACAACGCCAACGUGUUGAUGUGUCGUAUCUGUGAGAAGGACCACGACAGCCGCGGGUCACUGACGUCACAUAUGCGACAGUUCCACAACGCCUGUGAGAUGCCAUACAUUUGUCACAUCUGUCACUUCCGGUCGUCUAUGUACAGUGACGUUGUCGACCACUUCAAGAAGAAACACGACAGUUCUGAAGGCCUCCUGUGUCUGUACUGCCUGCGCGUGUUCCACGUGAAGUUCGUCGCCCAGGGCUGGGGGAUGACUCAGAACUAUUACCACCACCUCCUGCGCCACCAGUCGAAGACCAACGCCAAGAAGUGUUCACUGUGCAAACUGACGUUCUUCAACUCAGGAGACGUGAAAAACCACAAGAAGAAAGAUCAUGCGCCUAACCAGAAGGGAGUUAUAGGAAUUAAUGCCAAGUACAUGACGCCGGACCAGGUGAUGAUUCGGGUGCCGGAAGCAGGACUCGAACCGAAGAACAACAGCGGCGUGAAGUCUCUGAACGCGCCGGCUGUGUCGAAAAUCAAAGAGCACCGUGGCCUGGUGUUCCCGGACUCAGUGAACGACAUGUACUGCUACGAGUGUAAGAUGUUAAUGAAGAUGCAGGACCAUUACAAGAAAUAUAUCCAGUGUUCUAUGUGUCGGUUUGCGACCAGCUGCAGUUUCGCCUACGCUAACCACAUGAUGGGCUUCCAUUCUGGCCAGAUGACGAGCCUGGCUCUGAACAUUCCCAGGGAACGACCCGUACAGAUGGGCAUCAUGUACUGCCUGUGUGGCUUUGGCAGCAAGUACGGCAACAAAAUAGCUAAUCACCUUGUUGGUUGCUCAAAGAGGUCUUGUUAUAAACAGAAACCGGAAGUGAUACCUCGAGAAGAGCGUGAAGAUGAGAUGUCUGAUCCGAGAAAGAAACCAGGAGCAUCGUUGUUAGACGUACUCGGUCUAGUGAAGAAACCAAACCUAGCUUCAAGCAGCGCGGCUAGCAGCAGGGAUGAAGCUGAUGAAAAUGAUCCAAGUGAAACAAAAUAUAAUUCACCACCCAGCAGUCCACCUUCAUUGAGUCCGAUUCCACCGCCACAAACACCGGACGAGAGGAAUUCCCUGCCCCCGGAACUGACAGGAGUCAAGCGAUGGGCUGACGAGAAGAAUUCCCUACCCCCGGAACUGACAGGAGCCAAACGAUGGGACACAGUCAAACUCAAAGAUCCAAAGACUCCUACAAAGAAAUCUGUUUUCCUUGGGGCUUCUGCAUCACAACAUGAACCAAUGGAGGUUGAAGGAGAAACCACUAAAAAACCUGAACAGUCGUCUGCCUCAAACAGUGACGAGGAAUCUGAACGGAUCUCGAAGGCUGACGAGACGGCGGAAAAACAUGUUGCAGAAGAAAAAGAGGCUUCAAAAGAUGCAGCUACAGAGGGUGAAGCCGCAGACAACACAACCAGAAGUGGUGAUGAUGAGGAGGCAUCACCAGUUCCAGCCAAGCUGGAUGAUGAGAAAGUCAGAGAGGAUAAUGCAGCAUCAAGGAAGCCAGCUACAGAGGCUGAAGAGUCAUCAAAAGAAACAGCUACAGAGGGUGAUAGAUCAUCAAAGGAAACAGCUACAGAGGGUGAUGGAUCAUCAAAGGAAACAGCUACAGAGGGUGAUGAAUCAUCAAAGGGUACUUCUUUGGAGAAUAAAGUGUUAGAUGAUACUUCAAUAGAGGGUAGCAAGGCAUCAGAAGACACAGCUACAGAGGGUGAUGGCACAUCAAAAGACUUGACACAGAUUGAUGCAGCAUCAGAUGGUACUGCUGCUGAGGGUGAUGAAGCAUCAAAAGACACUGCUACUGAGGGUGAUGAGGCAUCAAAAGACACUGCUAUAGAAGGUGAUGAGGCAUCAAAAGACACUGCUACAGAGGGUGAUGUGGCAUCAAAAGACACUGCUAUAGAAAGUGAUGAGGCAUCAAAAGACACUGCAACUGAGGGUGAUGAGGCAUCAAAAGACACUGCAACUGAGAGUGAUGAGGCAUCAAAAGACACUGCUACUGAGGGUGAUGAAGCAUCAAAAGACACUGCUACUGAGGGUGAUGAGGCAUCAAAAGACACUGCUACUGAGGGUGAUGAGGCAUCAAAAGACACUGCUACUGAGGGUGAUGAGGCAUCAAAAGACACUGCUGCUGAGGGUGAUGAAGCAUCAAAAGACACUGCUACUGAAGGUAUGGAGGACUCUAACAGUCCUGAAUCUGCUGUGAGUGGAACGGAGACAGAAAACAUUUCUACACAAUCAAAUCAAGAAAAUCUGGACCAUAAAAAACCUAUGGAUGAUGGAAAAAAGGAUGAAAGUCGUGUGGAUGGAAUGAAAGAAAGUCCUGUUGAUAAAGAUGCUAAAGACCAUGAUAAACAAAUGGCUGAAGAUGUAGAAUUGGAAAAUUCAGCUGUACUGGAAAAGAAAGAAGACGAUGAUAAAUUGUUGGCUGAAGACGUAGAAAUGGAAAAUUCAGCUGUUUUGGAAAAGGAAGAAGACGAUAAUAAAUUGUUGGCUGAAGACAUAGAAAUGGAAAGGACAGACAUAUUGGAAAUGGAAGAAGAAGAUGGCGACGAACCUGAAAUUUUUUCUCAAUAUGCUGAGAUGGUUUCUAAGGACACAGAACAGAAUGUUGCUGAUAUUGCCGACACAGUAUCUGGUGAUAAUGACAAAUCGUCUGAUAAGAGAAGUGAUGAUUUCUCUCUUAAAAAAAGUGGAGAGGACUGUAGAACAGAUUCUGAGGAUAUAUCCAGGGAGGCUGAUAUUACAGCCAAAAGCUCAGAUGAUGAAUGUUUAAUGAAAACUGAAAAUAAUAGUGCUGAAACUGUAGAGAAAUCAGAUGAACAUGAAGUUGAUCAUUCCAAAAAUGAGACGAUAUCCGAUGAAAGUGGUUCGCUUAAUAAGGAUGACAAUAGUGACAGUUUAAACAGUGGUGAGAUAAUGGCUGAUAAAAAUGAUGACACUGAAAAAAGUGUAACGGAUACAAAGACAAAAGAAGAAAGUGGAAAAGAGGAAAGUAAAGAAGAGGGUGUUGGUGAAAGUGUGAAAGAUUCUUCGACAGUUGGUGACAAGGAACAAGAAAUGGAGGAUUCUGGGAGUAAAACUUCACAAAGAUUGACUGAUGAUUCUAGAACAUCUGGUCGAAGUAUGGAACAAACAGAACCAGAUGAGAGUGUACACAGAAUGGAACCGGAUGAAAAGAGAGAGAAAAUGGAACCAGAUGAGAGCAUGCACAGAAUGGAACCAGAUGAAAGGAGAACGAAAAUAGAACCAGAUGAGAGUGUACACACAGUGGAACCAGAUGAGAGUGUACACACAGUGGAACCAGAUGAGAGUGUACACACAAUGGAACCGGAUGAAAAGAGAACGAAAACAGAACCGGAUGAGAGCAUGCACAGAAUGGAACCAGAUGAAAAGAGGGAAAAAAUGCAACCAGAUGAGAGCAUGCACAGAAUUGAACCAGAUGAAAGGAGGCAAAAAACAGAACCGGAUGAAAGUAUGGAAAUUGAGAAAAGGAAAACUGAUGAAAAAAAGUCAGAAAUGGGUGAAGAGAAAACUAAGUCAGUCAUACCGGGUCCAUCAAAGUCAAGCGAACAUCUUGAGCUUGAGAAGGAUUCCUCUAAAAUUCACAUUUCUGAGGCCAAACAGCAAGAUCGUUCACAAGGUCAAGGUGAUGAGAGGUCACAAGGUCAAGGUGAUGAGAGGUCACCAGGUCAAGGUGAUAGAUCACAGGGUCAUGGUAAUGACAGAGUUGUUCACAAAGACAAAGCAGCACGUGAUCGGGACUAUGGUGAUGAAAGAGACAGGAAACGGGACAGGGACAGAUACGAUCACCACAGGUCAGAUCGGGAUCGGGACAGAGAUCGGGACAGGGACCAAAGACGUGACUGUGAUCGAAGAGAUAACCGAGACCGGAGCUGGGGCCGACACCAGGAACAUCAGAGUGGUCGUAGAGAUGACAGGGGAUACAACCAGAACUACCAUGGUGGUAACCAAGACUACCAGAGAGACCACCACGGUCAGCACCGAGAUCGCCAUGGCUAUGGAGGUUACCACGGCAACAGGGACCGAGACCAUGGUCGUGGCGGCAGGGGACGAGGAGGAUAUCAGGGAGGAGGCUACAGGGGGGGUUACUACUGAAACCACCCUGUGUGUACAUUUUGAGAUGUUCAAGUGAAGCAAUUGGUUCGCUCUUCUGAAUACUGAGAUUGGUUUUAGCUAAAUGGUGUACAGAUGCGAAGCUGUGACUCCCCGAUACGCAAGCCGUAAAGAUCCUGAAGUCCAAAACCUACCCAGGAUUGUAUUGGCAGCGCGAAUGUAAUGUCUAGAAUGUAAUGUCCGGACUGAUGUCCAGGCAUAUCACACUGUAAUGCCCAGAAUGUAAUAUCGAGAUUGUAUUGACUGCGUUGGCUGAUAACGUUGAAACAUUUCACAGUGCACAAAACUUGUUGAUUGUAAUAAUUGCAUUGACUGACAACGUUGAAACAUUUUGCCGUGCACAAAACCUGUUGACUGUAAAGACUGCAUUGUCUGAUAACGUCAAAACAUUUUGCAGUGCACAAGAUUGGUUGACUGUAAGGACAGCAUUAACCACUGGCAAUGUUUUAAACAUUUCGCAGUUCACAAGACUCACAUGCAGGCAAAAUCCAGUACAUUGUUUGAACAGGCUGAGGUAGCUGUUGAAAAUUACAAAUUUUAGAAAUUGUAUUGCGUGGAAAAUUGGACUAAACAGAAAAAUCAGACUGCAUUGGCUGAUAGCGUUCCAACAUUUCACAGUGCACAAAACUUGUUGAUUGUUUGAACGUGCUGAGGUAAUUACAAAUUUUAGAAAUUGUAUUGUGUGGUAAAUUGAAUUGAACAGAAAAAUCAUAGAAACUGUAUUGGUUGUGAAUGUCCAUUCUGUAAUAUCUCGACGGGAAUUGGCCAAUAGCGUUCCAACAUUUCGCAGUACACAAGAUUUGUUGUCUGUAAUUACUGCAUUAUCUGACAACCUUUCAACAUUUCGCAGUACACAAUGACUGGUAUGUUGUACAAAAACCAUCACAUUAUUUGAAUAUGCGAAGGUAGCUGUGGAAAAUUAAAAAUUUUACAAACUGUGUUGUGUGGUAAAUUGGAUGAAACCGAAAAAUCAUAGAAACUGUAUUGUGUGGUAAAUUGGAUGAAACCGAAAAAUCAUAGAAACUGUAUUGUGUGGUAAAUUGGAUGAAACCAAAAAAUCAUAGAAACUGUAUUGUGUGGUAAAUAGGAUGAAACAGGGGUGGGAAUUCCCCUCGGAUCAGCUGUUUUCCUCUCAUGGAACAUUGCGUUUCCUCGCAUUUUAAUCGUCCUUUCCUCCAAAAAUCUGUCGGAUGGCACAGAUUUUAACCUAGGAUUUCAAGAAUUUCCGGGACCCCUCUAGAAUUCCUCUUCUUUUUUUUACAAUUCACCAAUUCCCACCCUUGAUGAAAUCGAAAAACUAUAGAGACUGUGUUGUGUGGAAGAAACUCGACGAAACAGUCAUAAAAUGUGUUCAUUCUAUUUGAAAGGAGGAGACUGUUAGGGAAAAAUAAGACAACUGUCUAUUGAAUGUUGUGAGGUGUAUAAUUAUACAUUUGAAAAGUGCAUGUGACAAGUAGUCUGCUAUAUUACUCAUAUAGGUAGGGAGAUGCGGGUGAAUAUAUUUUGUAUCUUUCUCUAGAUAGAAGCUAUCUUUCCCCACUGACGUCAUGAUGUUAGUUUGGUGACGCCAUCGGGUUUCCUCGACUGUCGAGUCUCUCGUUGCUUUUCUUUCGUGAUGUCAUCAGUUUCCUCAGACUUUCAUGUCUUGUAUAUGAUAUAGUUUGUGUCAUGUAAGAAGUUUAAAGUCUAAGUUUCUAAACUAUUUACACUAUGGGUAAAAAAUACAAUAACCCAUUCGAUACUCUGAAUUCGAUACUCGUGAAAUUAAUGUUGUUAGUCACGAGCUUUAGCAAGUGACUGACAACAUUAAUUUCACUCGGGACAGAUAAUCCGUAAUUCCUUUUAACUUGUAAGUUAUUGUCUAUAUAUCUACCAACGGCAGUGAGGUAUAUGUGUAUAAUUGUAAGCAUGACAGGUAAAUGGCUAAAUCUACCAAGUACAGUGAAUUGUACAAAUAAAAAGUAGGCUGCAAUAUCUACUGACUGCAGUAGGGUAUACAUGUAUAAUUAUAAGCUUUAAAAGUAAAAAGUUUUAUUAUCCCAGCAGGCACUCGUAACGGGGAAAAUAAAAAUUAUUAUCAUGCAUUGGUUUAACGUACACUACUAUUGGACGAUUUGACCUUGUCGAUACUAAAUAUGACAUCAUCACAAUUUGGCAA